UUUGCUGCGACAGUACUUUCCGGCAGCGGUGAAACCGAGGAGAAAGCAACGAUAGGCAUCGGAAGUAAAACAGAAAUUGUUUCUGAAACCCUCGGAUUUGCACAAUUACCGCAUAAGGGAAGUGAGCUUCGUUUAUAAACCCUUUCAUCUUGUAGAUGAAACUUUAUUUAGCGUUUUUUUUAAACGUGUAUCGCCCCCUUGAUGAAGUGGGAUGGCUGCAGUGCCGACUGGGCCUAGCAGCGCAUUGCCAGCAUCCCCGGCUGAAAUUAUUCCCUUCCCCGGGGAUGGGAGUUUCGAACCUGGGCAAGGGGAGCAGUCUGGCUGCGGUCGGGAGGGCUCUGUAGCCUCUGGGGCAAGACAGGAGCAGCAGGUCAGCGAGGACAAACGGUCAAGUAAGAAAAAACAGAAAAACAUGCUAUCCCAUGCUAACCCGGCUGCGCUACACCUCAAAACGCAAGCCCUGCAAGAACAGAAAAUUAACGGCUUGGUCUGUCCGUCGGAAAAUCGACCCAAAAAUCUGAGAACGGCCACGGAGUACUGUGACAACCGCAGUUUUGGAGACGACCCGAGCGACAAAAACAAUAGCGACCAUUGCUGCCAACAUGAGGACCACAGUCCGUGUUCGAAAGGCAGCCACCCUCACUUGAACAACAGUAGUAUGAACGGUAUGCUGACUAUCACAAGAACUGAGGCUAUCCAAAGCCACCCUGUAACGGGAGACAGCCCCUGUGGUAACGUUAGGAAAGGGGAAUGCGACCCCACGGAAGCCCCUCGUCCACCGAGUCAGCAGUCCCCAGACUGCGAAGGCCCCGGUGAGCCCCGGGCUGGAGUAGAGAGUGAACCCGACGCCCCAAACCAGCCGCCGGUGUCAGAAUUAGCGAGGCUGGAUCUGAACUGUUCGCCUUGCCGAGGAGAGGAAGAGAGCCAGGGGAUUCAUUAUGUCCGAUACGAAUCCGAGUUACAGAUGCCAGGAAUCAUGAGGUUGAUCACCAAGGACUUAUCUGAGCCCUAUUCCAUUUAUACCUAUAGGUACUUCAUCCACAACUGGCCGCAGCUCUGCUUUCUGGCCAUGGUGGAGCAGGAGUGCGUGGGGGGCAUUGUGUGCAAGCUGGACAUGCACAAGAAGAUGUUUCGUCGUGGCUACAUCGCCAUGCUGGCUGUGGACUCCAAACACCGGAGGAAAAGCAUUGGUACUAACCUAGUGAAGAAGGCCAUCUAUGCCAUGGUAGAGGGGGACUGUGAUGAGGUGGUUCUUGAAACUGAGAUCACUAACAAGUCAGCUCUGAAGCUGUAUGAGAACCUGGGUUUUGUCCGAGACAAGAGGCUCUUCAGAUAUUAUCUGAAUGGUGUGGACGCGCUGAGGCUCAAACUCUGGCUCCGCUAGAGAGAGGAGGAUGACAGGUGCUGCCCUCUUGCUGAACCAACUCCACAGUCUCAGUCACACACAUGCACCCUUAUGCACAUGCACGCAUAUUCACAUACAUAUGCAUACACAUAGGCACACGCACACUACCCCCAUCAGACAUACACCCCUCCUUUUUUGAUCCUCGACAUCUUGGAUAAUGGCUCUUUGGUCAAGGCUGCACUGAAAGGACAGACAGAAAUCCCACCAAAUGUUUUUAUGAAGAGACCCCUGCCGCCUUAGCUGUAUGACCCUGUGAGAGGGGGGAGGGGAUGUGUAAUGUGGUCUUGUGACCUUUAGCCUCUAAACUUUGACCCCACCCCCCCCCAACGGAGCAGUGUGUGAGGCAUGAGGUCAAGUCAGUACCCACAAACCCCCGGAGGGCAACUCAUCACGUUGAGUCAUCCACCAGAAUGCAGGCAAGAAGAAGUGGAGAAAAAAAAGAAUAAAUGGAGGGUGAAAAUAAGGAAGUGGGGGGGGGCAGACUCAAGAAAUAUUUGUCAAGGUUUUUUUUGCGUUUCUUUUUUAAUCUCAUGAGUCAACAGGGGGUUGGAAAAGCUAUAGUGUGUGUGUUUGUUUUGCCUAGUGGAUUUGGAAAAGUGAGUGUUCAGGCUAUUUCUUGGAUGCACGUGUAAGGGAUGUGGUUGGUGUGACUGGGUGUGAGUGUUUGUGAAGUUGUGUAGUGCUUGAUGGGAAUCCUGAGUUAUGCGUGUUGGUGUGCGUUUCUCCCCCCGUCUGUGUUUUUGUUGCCCCCUACGGUGUGAGAUGAUCACGCCGAUUGCUUUGCUCGCUGUUCAGUUUUCACCCCCAGACAAAGAGCUGGAGCCUGUAAAGAUAUGCAUGCAUUCAUUUUUAACACAAGUGGCGGGAUGAGUGUGUGUUGAUUAACACUGAGCGUUGCCCAGUUCCAAACAGAACCAUAGUCCUAACUCCUAGGCACGUGUAGAUCUGAAAGGACUGGACUGGUGUAAGCAGUAUGGUGCAAAUUCCUCCUGGCCUAUCAGAGGGCAAGGUGGGGCUAUAACCAUUUUAAUCAUUCCUAUUCAAUCAUUUUAGACAUAUGUGAAGUGCUUAGUGGAGGAGGGGCUAUUUUGAGAUUGGGCCUUUUUGCAGAUCAAAGCAAAUUUUCACCAAAUGCACUUCCAGCCACUGGAACACUGCUGAAUAACCUUUAGAAGGAGAGAAUUCGGUUUUAAUUCAAAAUAGUUAUUGAGAAAGGCGUCGUUGUAGGUGUGGGAGGGGAAACUAUUCCAUUAUUGCAGUUUGUUCAUUCAGAUUUCUCCUAAUUUGUAGACUCUCGUUCCCAAGUACCACUCUGUCUUUCAAUUUAUCUUCGUCACAGUUGUCUGUCUGAAUGAACCCCAUCCAGAGCACUCGAGUCCUGUUUCAGCAUGGCAAAGUGUCUGGCUGGAAUAGUAAUAUUAAAAAUGCUGGACCCCUGUUGGCUUCGCUGUGUGUUUUGAGUACGCUCAUCUUUGGUUCACCUCUGGUAAAAGAGGGCAGAAGUAUUGUUAUCAGUUUUCCUAUCAGCAACUUGCUUUCUGAGUUUGUUUAGAUUCCUUACUAUACGCUCUUACACUCGCUCACUUUCCCUUUUUGUCCGAGCCUUGUGUGCACUUCCCAGGGACCCUACUCUGAUGCAGAUCACUCCCCAGUAACAUUUUAGAUCUCCACUGUCCUGGGAAUGACUAACGCACCAGGUGUUUUCUAUCCACUCUAAUUAUGGCGAAGAAAAUAUGCAUUUGUGGCUGCUUUAAAAAAUUGAAAAAAAUAAAUAUAUAUACAUUGUUUUUUUUCUUCCCAGAGUAAAUGAACAAAGGUCAGAUGCACUUUGUUUGGCUAUUGCUGCAGUGAGCAUGUGUGUGUGUGAAAGAGGUACGCGUGUUUUGACAGAGUGGUAUGGAAUCGGUUCUGUUCAGACUCCCACUUCGCCCAUUCCCAUUUAAGUCCUCUACAGUAUAGUGAAGACAUGGAUCCCGGGAGCUAUAGUACUGAGCAGCAGUAAGAACUGAAGAGCUGAAUCACGUCCUAGCAGAGACACUACUGUUCUGUACCGCUGAGCUGUGAUUGCUGUCACAAAGGCCAAGAGGGAGCAGCUAUCUAGUAUCUACCCAUGAUGUGUUCUAUGGUAUACAUUGACAUACACAAGUCAUUUUGGGCCAGGUUUACUCAGUGUUUGCAUCUGCUAUUUUACAUCUGGUAUAAAAACAUGCAAACAGUUAGGAACUGUUACCUGAGGUCUUUGUCGAAAUAGGCCGUUCUGCUAUUCAACUGGCUACGAUUGCAGAAUGGGAAGUAGGAGCGGAUGUAAACCGACGGACUAACCACCCACACAUCAGCUUGUGUGUGUUACAAAAUACGGAUCAGAUUAUUAUUAUUUUUUUUUCCAUUGCAGAUUUAUAUACGAGUGUUGGUUCUCUAUUGAUUUGACAUUUGAGAGCAACUUUUUGUGAAUUGUGUUUUUUGAGGGAUUGAUUGACCGGGUUUUCUGUUUCUUUUUCUCUGCUCAUUUAUUUUGACCGAUCCAGCGGUGUAUAUUGAACAGCGAUGACGUUAUUAGAGAUCCAGAAGCACAGAUGGGGAGCCAGGUUAACCGUUCCCGAGCGAAACUGUUUCGAACUGUUCCCAUGGCACUCUGUUCCAUUCACUGGGAAGACUUCCAUUUGGCUCCCUGUGUAGAAUCUGGACUCUUUCUGACAUCACUCUGAUCCUGUUUUAUUCUAGAGGUGUGAGGCUCUCUCCUGUCCUAUUUUCAAAUGAAAUGGGUCUUUUUAAUUUGGUCCGACCCUCGCUCCUCAUUCUCAUGGAACGGGUCUUUUAUUUACCCCCUACUUUUUUAACAUUGUUAACCCCUGGCAGUGCCAGUAGGAACCGUGAGCAUUCUAGUAUUCCAUGAUAGACCAGACCGCUCCACUUUGACCAUCAACACCAGAGGUCUGUUCAGGAGGGUGCCCUUUUUUACAGAAAGCUCAUAUAUAAAUGUUUUGUCUAGAACCAAUCUGAUUCUCGGUCUUGUAGAAUUGGGAAUUGUGUCAGCUCUAUUCACUACAUUUCUAGCUGCAAUGUUCUGAAUGUUGCACCUCAUUGAAUGAACUCCAGUUGAAGGGCUUCCUCAGCAGUCUGUCAUUGGUCAUUUCUAUAGUCCUUCGUAUAUCUAUUUAAUGUACAUCUAAUGCUCUGGUCUGUUUCUACAAAGGAGUGGUCUAAAGAAGAAACAGCCGCUUCCAGAUUAGCUGAUAACUUCCCAUCCCUUAUGGCUUUAUAUGAAAUCAAUAAAUGGUUUUCACUCCAGAGAAAUCAAGUUGAUUUCACAAAGGCCCCUUAACUGGUCCUGGAGGACCAGCGUCCCACCGGUUGCCAAGCUACCCUUCAUCCCAGAGCCCACCCACUCCUCUCCCAUCUCAUUGGAUGAGAGUUGUCAAGUUUUUUUUGUUUAUUGGAUGUUCCACUCUGUUUUUAUCCGCAGCAACUGGCCUGUUGAUAAGAUAGGCCACGUAGGACUGGAGUUGAGCUGCUCCUUUUGCUAGAAUUUCCCUUUAGGCACACCUAUCUAGGAUCAGCUUACCCUUUCCAAAUCCUAACCUUCACCAUUAGGGACGGGGGAUGCAAACUGACCUUAGCUCAGUGGGCAUAUAUUCUAGGCACCCCCACACACUGUGCCCCUGCAGGACCAGCUAAAGGGGGGCAACAUUUGUUGUUUUGGGGUGACCAGCCCUGGCCCCCUCUGAUCUGUAAGAUGUGCUAAGGGACAUUUUUUUUUUUGUUUUUUUUUUUGCAUUUGAGUUCUGUUCCUUCUUCCCCUGUCACCUCUUUUUAUUUCUGAAAGUGUCCGAUAUCUUUUUAUUUAAAUGUGGAAAAAGAAAACAGAAAUAAAUUAUUUGAUUUUUUUAAUGCUGUAAG